AGUAGAUUAAGAGGAUACACUAUUAACUUUUGUUAGCUUAACUGAAAUAGCUUGGAUUUUGCGAGUGUUGUAUCAAAAGAAUUAAACUAACUGUGGUGCCAUACGUGCACGUUUAACAGAAACACGAAACUGUCUGCAAUGUCAGAUAGAAAACGGCGGAAAGAGUACCACGAGAAAAAACGAGAUAAACAGAAAGUUAAAGAAUCCAAACAUGAGGAGGACAAAUACAAGAAACAAACUGCAAAACUCAGCCAGGAGGUGCAAACGUUGAAACAUGUGGAGACUUUCUAUGAAAAUCCUCCACCUGGGCUUAUAAAGGAAGAUGAAGACAAACCUGAGGACUGUAUUCCUGAUGCCCCUGGUAAUGAACAGGCCAGGGAUUUUUUGGCUCACGCCCCCACUAGAGGAUUGUGGAUGCCUUUGGGGAAGGAAGUGAAAGUCAUGCAGUGCUGGAGAUGCAAGCGAUAUGGCCACAGAACUGGUGACAGAGAAUGUCCUUUUUUCAUCAAGGGGAACCAGAAACUGGAGCAAUUCAGAGUGGCACAUGAAGAUCCAAUGUAUGACAUUAUUAGGGAAAACAAACGCAAUGAAAAAGAGACAAGGAUCCAGCAGUUGAGGCAGCUCCUACAAGACACCACCUCUGACUCCGAGUCCACCACUAGCUCCUCCUCUUCUGGCCAUGCCCACAAGAAGAAGAAAAAAGAGAAGAAGAAAAAGAAGGAGAAGAAGAAAAAACGCAAGAAGAAAAAGCACAAAUCAAAGACUAGUGAUGUAUCUGACUGAGUGAGGAAAGUGGGUAUGGGUGUGUCUGUUGGAAGAUGAGGACAUGCUUCUAGAAGCUUCUGUGGAUGAUAUGCUAUGCCAGAGGACUCUCAGCCUUCUGGGCUCUUCCUCAUGCUGCUUAAUAAUUCAUGCAGGCAUUUCAUUUCAGCGGUCACAAGGGAUGACUAACUCAUGGCAUCUUUUUCGGCUUCCCUAUAGCUGGGUAUCAGACUAUUGGCAUGUGUGCACCGCAGGUUCAAGAUUGUCCUUGCCUAUGGAAAUGAAGCAAAGCCUGUUGUGAAUGGAUGAGUUUGAGAGUCAGUGUUACUAAGUUUUGUAAUAGUGCUGCAUAGUAUUUCUUUGUGGUUUAUUGAAUGUUGUGCCCUUCUUGCAGUUGGUUCCCUGUGUGUUUAAAAGGUUUUUUGGUAUGCAUCCCUAAAUUGUUAGACAAGAAAUUGCAAAUAUCCACAAAAUGUAUUAAUGCUACACUGUUGUAAAUGCUUAAAUUUAUCAUAAGAAAACUAAUUAACACAUUUUCCGUGUUUCAUGUAUGUUUUGGUUGUUGUAUUAUGCUUGGAUAGAGAAUUAUGUUUCACAUGCUCUGUAUCUGAUGCUAAUGUUUUCUACACCACUCAGCUCUAUGUUGUACCUCACCAUAACACUGGUCCUCAGAGGGGUCACAAAUUUGAAUGUUAACCUUGUACACGGGGGAAAAAGACUUUCCUUCAAUCUUGAAACUAAGCCUGCAAACCUGGAUUCCCUGAGCUGUAUUAAUAGGUAUACAACUAGCAUGUGUGAAUUUUGUACUAUUAAACAGUGCUACACACCCAAAGAGCACUUUCACCAUGCCAAAUCGUAAUUAGAUGAUUUUUAUAUAUCUGAGCCAUACAAAAGCUUACUGAAAAUGAUAAGCAGGCUGUUUAACUGAAGCCUUGGGACAGAUUUAAUUUGAUUUUAGAAUUAUUUGUGGACCUAGUAUAAUCACUAACCUUUAGCAAGCAUGUGUGUAAUCGUGUGCUUAUACCCCUUCUCAUACCUCUUUUCCAUGGUAGCGCCGUCUCUGUGGAGAUUUGGCCUAGGGCAUUAGAUAAAUCAGCAGCAUUAGAA